CGCCCCAGGCAUGGGGAACGCGGCGACCGCCAAGAAAGGCAGCGAGGUGGAGAGCGUGAAAGAGUUUCUAGCCAAAGCCAAAGAAGACUUUUUAAAAAAAUGGGAAAAUCCUGCUCAGAAUAAUGCCGGGCUGGAGGAUUUUGAAAGGAAAAAAACCCUUGGGACAGGUUCCUUUGGAAGAGUCAUGUUGGUGAAACACAAAGCCACUGAGCAGUAUUAUGCCAUGAAGAUCUUAGAUAAGCAGAAGGUUGUUAAACUGAAGCAAAUAGAGCAUACUUUGAAUGAGAAAAGAAUAUUACAGGCAGUAAAUUUUCCUUUUCUUGUUCGACUGGAGUAUUCUUUUAAGGAUAAUUCUAAUUUAUAUAUGGUUAUGGAAUAUGUCCCUGGGGGUGAAAUGUUUUCACAUCUAAGAAGAAUUGGAAGGUUCAGUGAACCCCAUGCCCGGUUCUAUGCAGCUCAGAUAGUGCUAACAUUUGAGUAUCUCCACUCACUAGACCUCAUCUACAGAGAUCUAAAACCUGAAAAUCUCCUAAUUGACCACCAAGGUUAUAUCCAGGUCACAGACUUUGGGUUUGCCAAAAGAGUUAAAGGCAGAACUUGGACAUUGUGUGGCACUCCAGAAUACUUGGCUCCAGAAAUAAUCCUCAGCAAGGGCUACAAUAAGGCAGUGGAUUGGUGGGCAUUAGGGGUGUUAAUCUAUGAAAUGGCAGCUGGCUACCCUCCAUUCUUUGCAGACCAACCAAUUCAGAUUUAUGAAAAGAUUGUUUCUGGAAAGGUCCGAUUCCCAUCGCACUUCAGUUCAGACCUGAAGGACCUUCUACGGAACCUGCUGCAGGUGGACUUGACGAAACGGUUUGGAAAUCUGAAGAAUGGUGUGAGUGACAUCAAGACUCACAAGUGGUUUGCCACAACAGAUUGGAUUGCUAUUUACCAGAGGAAGGUUGAAGCUCCAUUCAUACCAAAGUUCAGAGGCUCUGGAGAUACCAGCAACUUUGAUGACUAUGAAGAAGAAGAUAUCCGUGUCUCUAUAACAGAAAAAUGUGGAAAAGAAUUUAGUGAAUUUUGAAGAUGAGCAACGAGACAACAGCAGAGCUCACGCUCAGUCUUUGCACUCUGUUGGGAGAAAAGGUGGAGCUGAGACCGUCCUUGUUGAAGCAGUUACCUAGUUCCUUCAUUCCAGCGACUGAGUGAGGUCUUUAUUGCCGUCACCCGUGUGUGCACUCCGCGUCCUCCUAUGUAACCAGGCACCGCUAAGCAAGCAUCGUCUGUGCCAUCACACAGAACUAGACACUUUCCUGCUUCUCUUUGGUUUGUCUUUCUCCUCUCCCCUUACACCCAUUGUUCCUUUUUCCUUUUCAUUAGUUCUUCUCCAAACAGUGCUCCAUUUUAUUUUGUCGGUGUUUCAAAUGGGCAGUGUUAUGCCUAUGUGAUUUUUGAAGGGAAGGAUAAGUGUUGCUUUUAGUAGUUCUUGUCAAUAUUUUUGUUGGUCAAUGGCUCGAGCAUAUACUGUCCAAUAAUUAUUUUACUUUGAGUAGCUCAGACUCAGUUUUGCCAGAACUCUUGACAAUUUUUGAAGACAGAAUGUUUUAUCACCAAGGAAAUGUAUACAAAUUAAAACAGUGACUUUCUUAAAAUGCACUGUUCUGGCAAUAAAUUUGGAUAGACUAGUAUAGAGUAGCUAGACCCAGAAAUAUGGAAUCCUAUAGAUCAAAGGUUCUAUUUCCCCUCACCUCUUUUUUUUUAUAUCAUCCUCCCCUUAAGUGUCCAGCCUGUGCAGUGUGACAAACGUCUCAUUCACAGGCAAAACCAGUGAUACGGAUUAUCAACACCCAGAUUCUCUCCCUUGGUAUCAGCAUUUCUGUAGUAUUAGAGAGAGUUCUAGGACUUCGAAACCUUGACUCUUCCAUAAGGGUUUUAGCCAGUAUUUUAAUAGAACGUGACUAAUGAAAGUGACAGCAUUUUAAGUUUCUCAAAUAAGCCCUCAUUGUAAACUUUUUAAAGGAAAAGAAAUGAACUAAAAAAAAGAACAUUAAUGUGGACACAUACUUUGCUAAAUCGAACAAAUGGCUUAAUUUUUGUAAACACUAUAGACACACUC